AUGGCGCCGAUCAAGAAGCGCACAACAGCGCGCGCAAAAUUCGCCCGCGCAGCCCGCCCGACCGCUGCUACCCUACCUACCCCAGACGAUGAUUCUGCCCUCUUCUCCUCGUCAAAGAAAGACAAGCAAAAAAUCAAACACUCCUCCUUCGUAUCCAAGAUCGAAAAGUCGUCCUCCAAAACGUCCAAGCGGCGGCGACCCAACAAGAAGCUCGUCGCAAACCUCGAGUCUCUCGCCGAUGCUCUACCAGGUUUGGGAGAUGAAGGAGCAGACGGGGAGAUCGAGAUCGGACAAGCAAAGAUACAACGCAAGCCUUUGAAGAGUAUGAAGAGUAGACCAGGGGCGCAGAAGAGGAAAGAUAAGCUGGAAAAGAUGGAGCGGGAUCGAUUCAACCAGAACCUAGCCCAGUUGGCGAGUAGUACGCAGGGGAAUGCGGUGCAGGAUCGCUGGGCGGCGCUGAAGAGUCAUGUGCAAAGUAAUAUGGAGGUCAAGCCUGAGUUCGCGAAGAAAUGA